GAAGUCUGUGGUUGUAUGUAUCGGCUGUCACGUGGGUCGCGUGAGAGAGACACGCGCCAUUAGUGCUGUCGUUGGCGCUGUCAAUUGGCAUUUCGACACGCUGUCAUUAGCGCCGUACGUUUUUCUGAGCAAUUGAAUAUCAGCAACGAACCGAUCAUGGAGGCACAGCCACUGAAGGCGCCCGAGAAACCGCCGCCGCCGUACUCCGUCGCGACGGCCCCCUCAGCAGCUAACACGUCAUGGCAACCACCUCCUGGAUACUAUCCUAAUAACGUCAACCCCGGCUGUCAAGGAAACUAUGCUCCAUCGUACGGUUCUACACAUUCCACCGCGAUCAUAGUGCCAGAAAUUAUCAUAGUCGGCGGCUGUCCAGCGUGCAGAGUAGGUGUAAUGGAGGAUGACUACACGUGCCUCGGUCUGCUUUGUGCAAUUCUCUUCUUUCCUCUCGGGCUCAUCUGCUGCCUGAUAUUGAGGACAAGACGCUGCUCAAAUUGCGGGGCUUAUUUUGAUUAAUGAAAAUUUGUAGGGAAAGCUCAUCCCACGUAUUGUUUCCAACUGCAGACUAGGAACACUGGAACAAAAGUGGCAUUAUAUCAAUAUUAUAAUUAUGCUAAUUACGAAUCUUCAAUUAAUAUGCUAUUAAAAAGAUUCAAUCUCUCAAUCAUGACAAAGAA